AUGAUCCGAGAAUGUCAAUCAUCUCAUAUAUUGUCUAAGAACGUCAAUCACAUAUUGUUUUCAAAAUCGAGUGGUCGAGUGAUCUGUCGUAUAUCGCUAUCAUCACAGAUCAAACAGAGUGCCACUAUGUCAUACGUUAACGAUGAAAUUUUCAAGGAGGACCGUGAGGAGAUCGAACCGGAUGUGAAAACCAAUGAAAAGAAGAGUAGUGAUAAUAAUAAAAAUAAUAACAAGAAUAAGAAAGACGGCGACAUAUCCACAUCAGUAACACCAGAAUUUCUCAGCAACAAAUCAUACGAAAGCGUUGAAGAGGCUCUGGAAAUGUUCAAAAACGACGCACUCAUUUCGAAACCUGGCACUGAGUUCAACUAUAGCACUCAUGGAUAUACUCUGCUGAGUGCCGUUCUUGAGAAAGCCGCUAAAACGCCGUUCAAAGAACAAGCCAAACAGCUGUUCAAUGAACUCGGUAUGAAUCAUACAGUAGUGGAUCAAAACGAACAAAUCAUGCCGAACAGAGCAAGGUACUACUAUCGAGAUCGACAUCAUAAACUGAAAAAUGUUCCCGAAGUGGAUAACUCGUACAAGUGGGCUGGUGGAGGAUUCCUGUCGAAUGUCAAUGAUCUGUUGAUAUUCGCAAAUGCCAUGCUGUAUAGCUUCCAUCAUUCAAGGAAUGAAUCACAAGUGAGCGAUGAUCAAUCGCUACGACCACUGUUGGAGAGAGACGCUUUGAAAACGUUUUGGGAGGGCGAAGUGGACGGUAAACACGGGUUUCGGUACGGUUUAGGCUGGUAUAAGAAACCGAAAACGGUCGAGUACGGCGGUGGAAACGGAUGCACGAGAAAUGGCUUCUGGAUGCACACCGGUGCGGCGGUCGGUGCAAGUUCUGUGCUGGUGGUGAAACCGAAUUUUAACGGUUCAAAUACAGAUGGUGUCUGUGUUGCGGUCUUAGUGAACUUACACGACUGUAAAAAUGUCACCCAUUUAGCGUUAGAACUCGCUGAAAUUUUCGAGAAACACUGA